AUGCAGAAAUCUAAAAAGCGAAAGGUGGAGGACAAUGCUAUGGAAGUUGGUGAAUCCUCAGGUGGAACUCAUGCAAAUAAUAACGCUGAGGCUUUAAUACACGAAGAAAUCGAUCACAUAUCUGAUGAUGAAGAAGGUGGAGUUCGUAUAGGUGAUAUUUACAUACCGCCGGCGCCAAAACCGACGUGUUCUUUCGAUUCUAAAGGGCCCAGACUUAUAAUCACACACAUAGUGAAUGAAAACUUCAAGAGUUACGCUGGAGUUGAAGUCUUGGGGCCAUUUCAUAAGAGCUUCACUGCAAUCAUAGGCCCUAAUGGCAGUGGUAAAAGUAAUGUGAUAGAUUCUAUGCUCUUCGUGUUUGGGUACCGAGCUUCAAAGAUUAGGUCGAAGAAGAUCUCCGUAUUGAUACACUCGUCAAGCAAGUAUCCUAACCUCACUAGUACAACUGUGGCCGUUCAUUUCUGCCGGAUUAUCGAUGGGGAGGGAGAAGCAUUCGAAGUUGUACCGAAUAGUGAGAUCGUAGUAUCCAGAACUGCAUUCAAAGACAGCUCUUCAUUCUAUACCCUGAAUGGCAAACGAGUGCAGUUCAAAGAGGUCUCCCGUAUGUUACGGUCACAUGGUAUCGACUUGGAUUACAAUCGGUUCUUGAUUUUGCAGGGCGAAGUCGAACAAAUCGCAAUGAUGAAACCAAAAGCGGUGUCGGAACAUGAACCAGGAAUGUUGGAGUACUUGGAAGAUAUCAUCGGUACUUCUAGAUUCAAGGAACCAAUAGAAAAACUAGCAAUCAAAGUGGAAGAAUACAGUGAUUUGCGUAAAGAGAAGUUGAAUAGAGUGCGUCUCGUUGAACAAGAGAAGCAAGCGUUACUCCAACCAAUGCAGGAAGCGGUGGACCUGCUUAACAUGACCAACACUUAUACGAGGUCACGGAAUAUGGUGCUGCAGAAGUACAUUCACGAAACAAAAAAGAUAAUGGAGACUAAACAGCAAAAUCUAGAUGAAUGCAAAACGAACUUAGUCGAAAUGGAUGAGAAGCUGAAGAAGAUACAAGAAGAACUGCAGGAGAAGACUGGAGUCCUCAAAGAAGGCACUAAAAAGUACGACGUCCUACGUAAGAAGAAGGAAGAACUAACAGAGAAGUUACAAACAUGUAAGAAAAACAUGGUGACGUCACAGGCGGACCUCACGCAGAGCAAUAAAAAGAAGAAGAAUUUAGACCAACUCAUUGAACAGGAGAAGGGGAAGUUGAUUGAUUUGGAACUUAUACCAGAAAAGAAUCAAAGAGAGAUAGACGACUGUGGAAAGCUUCUAGAAAAGCAUACGGGGCAGAAGGCUAAGGCCGAAGAAGAAUUGCAAGCUGUUGUGGCCAGUGUCAGAUCAAGAACCCAAAGUCUUCAACAGACAAAGGACAAAUUACAAGGGAAUUUAAUGGAAUUAAAGAAGAUUGUAGAUGAUGCUAAUAACCGGUAUAAACUGGCCGAGUCUGAACUCAAGAUAUACCUUAGCACGGAGAAGAAAGAGAGUGAGAAAUUGGAGAAUAUGCAAGCUUCGUAUGAAAAAGCUAGUACUGCUUUGGAACAGAAGAAGCCUUUGCAAGAAGAGUUGGCCCAAACUUUACCCCAACAGGAGAAGCAGCUGAAUGAAAUGAACCAUAAAAUACAAAAACUGAAGCGAGAGGAAGCCACACUUAUCAGCGAAGUACGACCAUUGAGGGCACAAAUAGAAGAGUCCCGUCAAGCAAUGAGCGCUAACACGUCGCGUAACAAAGUAUUGAAUGCUUUGAUGAAUGAGAAGCGAAACGGACGACUGCCAGGAAUAUUCGGACGAUUGGGUGACCUCGGUGGUAUAGAUUCGAAGUAUGACGUAGCUAUAUCGACAUGCUGUGGCGCGCUAGACAAUAUAGUAGUGGACACGGUGGAAACUGCUCAGGCUGGCGUUGAAUUCCUAAGGCGGAAUGACGUGGGUAGAGCCACCUUCAUAGCUCUGGAUAAACAGGAGCAUUUGAAACCAGUGUACUCGAAUCGACACACGUACCCAGAGAACGUGCCUCGUCUCUUCGACCUCGUCAAAGUGAAGGAUGACCGAGUGUUACCAGCCUUCUACUACGCAUUGCGCGAUACUUUAGUAGCUAAUGACUUGGAACAAGCUACGCGCAUUGCUUAUGGACGAACACGGUAUCGAAUGGUCAGCUUAAAGGGAGAUGUAAUUGAAAUCGCUGGUACGAUGACUGGCGGUGGUAAGCAGACGAUGCGCGGUAAGAUGUCGUCCUCAGUACAACAGGAUACCAGCGAGGCAGACCCUAGAGUUAUAAAAGCUAAUGAGGAUAAAUUGGCUAAGAUGGAACAAAGAUUGGUAGAAGUACGCAACGAAGUUUCAGAGCUAGAAGAAGCUCUGUCUAUACUACAACUGACGGUGCGCGACAACAAGACCACGCUGAACAAGCUCAACAUCGAGCUCAAGAACUUGGUGGAACAAGUUCCUCUUAUGCAGAAUCAAAUAAAGCAACAAGAGAAGAAAGUAGCUGCUAGUCGAGUAGAUCCGCAGCAGAAGGCUAACUUAGAGGCUACGGUUGCUACUGCACUCAAGAAGCUGGAGAAAGCCAAAGAAGAUGCUAGUGAGGUCGAAAGCGAUGUGCAUGAAAUAGACGAGCAAAUAUCAGCGGUGGCUGGCGGCAAAGUGAAAGACCUACAGAAAACAGUCGACGAUCUCACCAAGAAGAUUGAUAAGGUCAACUCCGAAAUGACCAAGUUGAAGGUCUCUAUAAAUACUAGUAAACGAAACGCAAAGAAAUCAAAAGACAAAAUAAACCAGAUGGAGACAGAUCUUCGAGACACCGAGAGGAAUAUCGAAACAUUGAAUAAUACGAAGAAACAACUCACUCUCGAUAGCGGGAAAUACGAAAAGGAACUGGAAGAAUUAGACGAACAAAUAAACGAAGGUACGGAUGAAUUCAAAGAACUAAAACAGGAGAUCAACAAACUACAAAGUACGGAGAAUAAAAUCAAAGGAGAACGAAUGGAACGCAAGAAUGACGUCGUCAAAGCACAAAAGUCUUUAGAAGACUGUACAAGCAAAAUACCACAUUGGGAAAAAGAGCUACGAACGUUAAAACUGGAAGAUCCACAAAUAGAAGGCAUUCCAGAUUUAGAACCAGUGACGCCAUUAGCACAGCAUACAUCUGAAGAACUAUCGGAAAUUAAUGUAGAAGAGUUACGGAACCGAUUGACUGCACAGAAGAAUAGGAUCGGCGAUAAGAAACCUAAUAUACAAGCUAUACAGGAUUACAAAGCGAAAGAGGAAUUGUAUAUACGUAGGGCGGCGGAGUUAGAUGAAACAACGAAUAGAAGGAAUGAGAUGAGAGCAUUACAUGACGAGUUGAGGAAGAAGCGAAUGACUGAUUUCUUGGCUGGUUUCAACACAAUAACAGGGAAAUUGAAGGAAAUGUACCAAAUGAUUACAUUGGGUGGUGAUGCGGAGUUAGAGUUGGUUGACUCAUUAGAUCCCUUUACUGAGGGUAUCAUCUUCAGCGUGCGUCCCCCAAACAAAUCGUGGAAGAAUAUAUCAAAUCUAUCGGGCGGAGAGAAAACGUUAUCAUCUUUAGCGCUUGUAUUCGCAUUACAUUACUACAAACCAACACCAUUAUACGUUAUGGAUGAAAUCGACGCCGCCUUGGACUUUAAGAAUGUGUCUAUUGUUGCUAAUUAUAUUAAGGAUCGAACGAAGAACGCUCAGUUCAUUAUUAUUUCGCUCAGAUACAAUAUGUUUGAAGCGUCCAACCGUCUCGUAGGGAUUUAUAAAACGGAAGACUGCACCCACUGCGUCGCCAUCAAUAAUGAGGAGUUUGAUCAACAAAUAGGAUCUCUUGUCGAAGGUCAAAAAAUUAAUGUAUAA